GACCCCCAGCAGCAACCCCUCAAAAUGAAGAGGCAAAACGUCCGGACCUUGGCUCUCAUCAUCUGCACCUUCACUUACCUACUGGUGGGGGCCGCAGUCUUCGAUGCCCUGGAGUCUGAGAAGGAGACCACCGAGAAGCAGGAUCUGGAGAAGAAGAGGGGGGAGCUAUGGAGCAAGUACAACCUGACCGAGGAGAAAUACCAGGAGUUGGAAUGGGUGGUCCUCAAACUGAAGCCCCACAAAGCCGGGGUGCAAUGGACCUUCGCCGGCUCCUUCUACUUCGCCAUCACUGUGAUCACCACUAUAGGUUAUGGCCACGCAGCACCCAGCACGGAUGGAGGCAAAGUCUUCUGCAUGUUCUACGCCCUACUGGGAAUCCCACUCACCCUGGUCAUGUUCCAGAGCCUGGGCGAGAGGAUCAACACCUUGGUCAGGUAUCUCCUCCACCGUAUGAAGAAGUGCCUUGGUAUGAGGCGGGCUGAAGUCUCCAUGGCCAACAUGGUCACCAUCGGCUUCUUCUCCUGCAUCAGCACCCUGUGCAUCGGGGCAGCCGCUUUCUCCUCCUACGAGCAGUGGAGCUUCUUCCACGCCUACUAUUACUGCUUCAUCACGCUGACCACCAUCGGCUUUGGAGACUACGUGGCCCUCCAGAAGGACGCGGCUCUGCAGACCAAGCCCCAAUACGUUGCCUUUAGCUUUGUCUACAUCCUCAUUGGUCUCACCGUCAUCGGUGCUUUCCUCAACCUGGUGGUCCUACGCUUCAUGACCAUGAACGCCGAAGACGAGAAGAGGGACGCGGAGCACCGGGCUUUGCUCACCCGGAACGGCCACUCCAGUAUUCACACCACCGACACCAGCUCUUCCUCGGGGGGGUUCCGGAACGUUUACGCCGAGGUGCUCCAUUUCCAGUCCAUGUGUUCUUGUCUGUGGUACAAGAGUAGAGAGAAGCUCCAGUAUUCCAUCCCCAUGAUCAUUCCCCGGGACCUCUCCACCUCCGACACUUGUGUAGAGCAGGGGAACCUCACCCCAGGCAGGUGUAUAAGUACGCCCUCCAAUGGCUGCAUCUGUAACAACCAGCACUCGGCCAUCAGCUCUGUUUCUACUGGGCUCCACAGUCUCUCCGCCUUCAGGGGGCUCAUGAAGAGGAGGAGCUCUGUGUAGCGGGACGUUGUGGCAAAACACUUUCCCUGCUGGGACCAGAACAUCUACAGCACAUUUACUGCAGGACAUUGUCCAACUAGAACUCCAUUAAUGUCCAUUUAUUUGUCACUUCCUGCUCUGUGUGUCCAUCUUCUGCACCCCGGGUCCAACAUGGGUCUAUCUGUCACCCCGCUAUAGUUCCAGGGGUACCCAGGGCACAAAUAAGCCCCCAAAUCCCCCCCUAACUGGCCUUCAGGCUGGGCCCCCUUAGCCCAUAACAAGGUUACAGAUAUAUAGAAACAUUGGGGUAACAGUCACCCCACUAUAGUUCCAGGGGUACCCAGGGCACAAAUAAGCACUCACCCCAAAUCCCCCCCUAACUGGCCUUCAGGCUGGGCCGAAGGUCAUGGAACUCCAAGGUGACUUAUAAUAUCCUUAUAUGUUACAACAGGGGGUACUUUAUUCACUAUAUACACUAUAUAUCCAUGAAAAGCCUUUAUUGAAAUGACCACCUUUCAUCCAGCUGUUUCUUGUCUCAUUUAACUCUUUAUAACCCAUUGUGUGUGUGUGUUGACCCUCUGGGGUUCCGGGGCAGAAAGACUCCCCCCGUUGCGGACCCCCAGGAACAUCAGUACUAAUUCCAGCCCGGCAGCAGGUUCCUAUACUAAAUGUACUGUAUAUAAGAUUAGACGAUAUCUUGUAUAUAAAUAGCACCUAAAUGUGUAUAUAUACAGACCUAUAAAUAUCUAUAUAUAAAUUCAGCUGUAAAGUAUUACAUACAAGGAGGCAGAACUCGGUGAAUUCCGAUUGGCCGAUGCCGCGAGCGCUGCAGACGCGGGAGAUUUAUUGCAAAUAAAGGAGCGCCAGCUCCCAUGCCAAAGUCUAUUUGUACUACUGACGGAAAUAAAGACUCUUUUAAACCUUCUUAA